AUGAUACAUAUAUAUAUAGAUAUUAGCUUGGGCAAUUUGGGCUCAAGUGCUGUGACUGACUCUUGCCCGCGCUCGAACUCCUCAUUGAACUGGGCUGUCACAGCUAUGGACGCUGCUCGUGAGUACUUGGAGGCACAGCUCCCCAGGGAGACCACUGGAUGUGAGAAGGAACCAUGCUCGGAAUUCUGCACUGCGCUCUGCUGUCCUGUGUUGUCUGACUGUGGCAGCCUCGCUGCCCGAAGCGAUGACUCGGAUGAUGGGGAGGAGAGCGAGCCAGACAUUGCACCGAGCCAUAGGCUCCGCUGUGCCAAGAGGUCUCCUCCACCGACCAGGCGCACAUCGUUGAGCCCACCAGAGGCACGAUCUCGGAUGCGAUCGAUCUACGCGAAGAAGGGACCCGCUCCACGUGCCGAAGUGGUCCCUCGCAGAGCUAGGCCUUCUCUCUCCUCUACGAUCUCGAGCUCUGUGACUGCUGCUGCUCUUCCGCAAGCAGGGUCGCGGCUGAGUCGCUGCAGCGUGACGUCACAAACCUCCAACCAUCCUUCCCUUCGAUCUGGCCGGGUGACGUACAAGUUCAGCCAGUAUGGUAUGCCCAUUCGUACACCAUUGCCAUCCAGCCGUGUGCGGAGGGCCUCUGUGCCAGCAGUGACACGCAAGGUCUCCCCGUAUCCCUUUGAGGUGCGGAUCCGGCCCAGGAGGACUUCUUCUGUGGCCUCGUCGCGGAGACCUUCGGUCUCUUCCUCUGCUCCUGUUUGGCCUCUCUACGGCACAUUGGAUGCCUCGACAGCUUCCAGCCUUGGCGGCAGCUUGAUCUGCAGCUCAGGUCGCACCAGGUCGCCCGUUGCCUGGACACUCCCUGUUCAUGUCGGUUCACCACUGCUGUCAUCCAGGGAACGUCUUCCCAUGGCGCAGGUGGCAAUGCACAAGAGCCAGAUCGCCAGCGGCAGUACCAGUACGUAUUCUGGAGCAAGUGCACAGAGCUCGGGGACGCCUCCUCAGCUCAGCUCCCCUGCAGAGACGCCGCCCUUGGCACCCGUGCUUGAAGCAUAUACUGAAGGCAGCUGGGAUGGAUCUACACGCGUAAAGGUCGUCCGUUUCCGCCAGGGGUCAGCCAGCAUCAUUGGCUCACCCGAAGUCGCUUCUGAUGAGGCUGAGAAGAUGCAGGCUUGCGAUCGUGAGCUAAAUCCGCGCUCCGGGAUCUAUGGAGGAGCCUAG